CCUAAUACUGUGUUUGUCGUCUCCCGCGCGCACGCUCAGCGUCAAGUCGCCGGAAAAGGUAGCUGGUUGGGGCGGAGUUGGCGGGAGAUAGGAAAGUGCUUUUUGGUCUCCGGCGGGCGCGGGGAAGCUUGCAGCUCCGCCGGUUCAGCUGCGCGCGCUAUUCAUGGGGGGCUCUCCCUAACAAGAGGUGUUUGCAAGAUCCAGCAGCUUCGCGGUUCUUUGGAAAGUUUAUUUGAUCGGUUUGAAGGCGGUAAAGGGCAAGAUGUCUCGCGGAAGUGAAGAGCAAGAUGAAUUGCUUUACCAGGACUCGGAUGUACCAGAACGGCGGGAUAACCGGUGCAAAGUGAAGUGGACACGUGAAGAGGACGAGCUAUUGAAUUCUCUGGUGACAAAGUAUGGACAUGACUGGAAGUUCCUAGCAAGUCAUUUUCCUAACCGCACUGAACAGCAGUGUCAGUACCGCUGGCUAAGGGUGUUAAAUCCAGUCUUGGUUAAAGGUCCAUGGACCAAACAGGAAGACCAGAAGGUGAUAGAGUUGGUGAAAAAAUAUGGCACAAAGCAGUGGACACUCAUAGCCAAACACUUGAAAGGCAGGCUAGGAAAACAGUGUCGAGAACGAUGGCACAACCACCUGAACCCCGAAGUGAAGAAGUCAUCCUGGACAGAGGAAGAAGACCGCAUAAUCUGUGAGGCUCACAAGGUUCUGGGAAACCGAUGGGCUGAGAUUGCUAAGCUACUUCCAGGGAGGACUGACAAUGCUGUGAAGAACCACUGGAAUUCCACUAUCAAAAGGAAAGUGGACACAGGAGGUUUUCUUAAUGAAACUAAAGAAUCUAAGCCCCUCUAUCUCCUGGUGGAGGCAGAAGGCACAGAAAGUCAAAAUGCGCAGGAAGCUUCAAGCCAGCCAGCAUUUUUAGCCAACUGGCCAGUGAAUGCCUUGGAAAUCAAAGAGGAGGAAGCCAAUACUGAAGAACCAAUUGGCUUCCAUCAGCUGCCUUCUGAGCAACCAGCUGUGGGCUUGGAGCAGGACGAUGCCAAGGAAGUUACAGAAAACACAGCACCCCAUGAUGCUUUGGGGGAAGAUUCUCCAUACACGUGGGUGGUAGAAGCUGGCAGCUAUCUGUGUCCUGCUGUUCCAUCUAUUACAGAAGCUCUGGAUAUGAUUGAAUCUGACCCAGAUGGCUGGUGUGAUCUUACUCAGUUUGACCUGCCAGAGGAUCCCUCUGCAAGCAACAGCCCAGAUAACCAAACCUCUGUCAGGCCUUACUCUUCCUUGCCAAAUGUGACUGCAUACCGUUUGGAUGGCCACACCAUUUCAGAUCUGAGCAAAGGCAGCAAGGGUGAGCUCAUCCCUAUCUCCCCACGCACCGACAUGACUUUCGGCACGCCACCCUCUGUACUUAAGCGGCAGAAGAAGAGAAGAGUCACCCUCUCACCAGUCACAGAGGGUGGGACUGCUACUAGCCUCUCCUUCCUGGACUCCUGCAACAGCAUGACUCCCAAAAGCACGCCUGUCAAGAGCACCCCUGUCAAGACACUGCCAUUUUCCCCUUCUCAGUUCUUAAAUUUCUGGACCAAACAAGACACUCUGGAUCUCGAGAACCCCUCGUUAACCUCCACACCUGUGUGCAGCCAGAAAGUAAUAGUGACCACUCCAUUACACAGAGACAAGACACCAUUACUCCAAAAAAAUUCUGCGUUUGUGACACCUGAUCAGAAAUAUGUAGCAGACAACACACCUCAUACGCCUACGCCUUUCAAGAAUGCUCUGGAGAAAUAUGGUCCACUGAGGCCUUUGCCGCCUACACCUAGCCUGGAAGAGGAUUUGAAAGAGGUACUGCGGAGUGAGGCUGGCAUUGAGCUGAUCAUAGAAGAUGACGCGAAGCCAGAGAAGCAGAAGAGAAAACAAGGACUGCGCAGGAGUCCCAUUAAAAAGGUCAGGAAAUCUCUCGCCUUAGACAUUAUGGAUGAAGACUUGAAGUUGACCGUUUCCACCCUGGCCAAACCUGUGUGCUUCAAAAGAGGUCAGUCUGUGAGCUUCCUUUCCCAGUCCCUAAACCUGUCUGUGUCAAGCAGCAAGAGUGAGAGCAGCCUGCUCAACCGAGGGUUUGUUCAAGUAAAGACAGAGAAAACACCAUCUUCCAAGAAAAUCCAAAGCAAAUACAGGCCGCCAACCGUGAUGUCCAGUGCCUGGAAAACUGUGGCAUGUGGUGGCUCUAGAGAUCAGCAGAUCAUGCAGGACAAAGCUCGGGAGAUCUUGGGCGUGUUGAAACAGAACCAAACAUCACGGACACUGAUCUUAUCUUGAAAGACUCCAUAACCUUUCAUAGUUUCUUAUUUUUAUAUCAAUGGGGCAAGGCAACAGGAAAACAAACUGCUGCCCUGCACUUGCUUUCAUUUCUUCCGAGUAUUUUGUCAUGGAGACUUCAAUUAAUUGUUCCAAGUUCUGAGUUCUAAAUGGGUUGCAGUUUUGGAAAUCUUUUGUAGCAGAAUAGAUGCCAAGAGCUGGACAACAGCCCAACAUUAUUAAAGUUGAGGUAUCGCCACUUUCCUUGACAGUCGUCCUCUUACCAUUUCUAUAAAUGGAACUUGAGAGCAGUCUUGUUCUUUCUUUCAACUAAUCUGCAAGACAGUGGUCUAAGCAGUGGAUCAGUGCUUGGUAGAGAACACCUGGAACUCUGGAUUUGGUUUUGACCUCCUUGAACAGAUCUAUGGAAGUGCAAUUCUCUAAAGUCCCUGCUGGUUUCAUCAGUACAAUCAUGUAUUUUGCUCUUGUUUUUUUUCUUCUGGCAGUGGAUUGGGACAGAAGAAUACCUGUUAUACAGUAUCUAAUGUUUUGCUCAUUAAAUUGAGGGAUAGUAGAGCAGCAAUAAUUUCUUCCCUGGAUCAUUGCAGCCUAUAUUAGAAAUAAUAAAAUCACAUCUUCUAAAGCCACCCUAGCAUAUCCGUGUCCCCUUACUCAGAUCGGACAUCACAUGCUAGACCCAUAUGUAUUGAACUUUUGUGCAAACUACGAAAGUAAGGGAACUGAGGGAUCAUGCCCACCACAAACUUAUUAUCUGUUUCUUAUCCUGAACCAUAUCAGCAAUAUGUAAGAAUCUCUAGCGAUCUUGCAAGGAUGCUCAGGAGACUUGUUUAGCUUAUUUCCAUUAAGACUCUUAAUUCAUUAAAAAAAUUUCAGUUGGUUUAAGCAACUGACUUCUAUGCAUUUAAUCCUCAGAAUAGGUAGAUUUUUGAGAUUAGUGGAAACAUGAAAUCACUUAGUUUAAUAAAUAAAAGGUGUCACUCAGUGUUGGAAAUCAAAGGUUAUCUUUACCAUUUUUGUUUUUUACAGCAAAACCAGAAUAGUUCCCCAAACAAAAUAGUAUGACCUUAACUCUAGCGAUCACCAAUUUUAAAGUCAAUACUCAAUGACAAAUCUGUAUGGAAUUCAGGGUGCCCUCUGCACAGUUACCAGAGAUGAACAGGUUCCUGGGACCUACUGAUAAACCUUAGGAAGGGGUAUGCCAUGAUAAGAAAAUCCCAAGAGGAAUGCUGAGACUGAGGAAAUGGAGUCACAGCAUACAGGGUUCAAAGUGACUUCACUGAAUACCAGUGAAACAAAACUCCACUGGAAUUUAAUGCCGCAUGAUUCAGUGUUGAUGGGGUUCUGAUGUGGUAGCUUUACAUUUCUUUGAAUCAGUAAUGGAAAGUGGCUGUGUUUAAUCAGACGGGUAAACUCCAAGACAGAGAUGGAGACUGAAAAGAAUUUUGUUGCUGAAAUACUGUCUUAAACCAAAAUAAAAGGUGGGAUAGAAAUGUUUUAAUAAAAUAAUAAAAUACUA